AUGGCUUUGCAGAUUGCGAGACGUUUCCUCCGAAUCCACACAGUGGAUGAGGUAUUCACAACCACCUUCAGGAACCCUACCAACAGGCUUUUCUCGCCGACCGAUCAGAGCUAUUCGUCUAGCUCCUCUGAUCUCAUUCGCACCACUCUCUUCCCGGCGAUGGUAUUGGUCCCGAGAUCGCAACCUCUGUCAAACAGAGAAUCUGUAAGAAGAAACAAGGUUGGAUUAAAAUAUCCCAAGGCUACACCAAUUGGAGAAGGUCAUCAUUCCUUGAAUCUCACUUUAAGAAAAGAACUAAACCUAUAUGCAAAUGUCAGACCAUGUUACAGUCUACCUGGUUACAAAACUCAAUAUGAUGAUGUGAAUCUCAUCACAAUCCGUGAAAACACGGAAGGAGAAUACAGUGGUCUUGAACAUCAAGUUGUCAGGGGAGUUGUUGAAAGUCUUAAAAUCAUAACAUGCCAUGCAAGUUUGAGAGUGGCUGAAUAUGCUUUUCAUUAUGCGAAAGCUCAUGGUCUGGGGAAGAAGGACAAGGAGAAUCUUAUUUUGAUGGAAAGUUAUGUCGUGCUAUUGAUUGAAAAGAAGGAUGAAGAAGAAGGGGAGACUUCAGAAGUUGAUGCGAAAUACCAAGAAUUAGUGGCUAUUGGAUCAUUGCCAUCUUCUGCUGAUAGGCGGCUUGUAAUUUCAAGUGAUGGAGUCUGGGAUGCUCUUUCCGGUGGACAGCAGCCCAGUACAGUACACCAGGUCAUGAAAAACUAA